GUCAAAUGUCAUUCACUGUCCUCUUCUUUUUUACUGCAAUGUACAGAUAGGAUCUCAGUCUCUCAGAUGACAUAAUCAUAGACCGACCGACCGCUGCUUAUAAGCCCGAGCGCCUGCAAUAUUUCUUUCUUUUACUCCACAAAACCCCGCACAAUCCACACCCUACUCGCAGACUUGCAUGUUUCAAGAAGAUGGCAUAUUAAUUGAGAGCCUCCUAAGCUAUUGAUUCGACUUCUCAAUCUGGUCGCUAGGGUUCUUGCCUUAGGAAUUGGGUUUUCAUUUGAAUCUCCAAUUUCAUUUUCUUGAGUGCUCGAUUAGGUUAUGCUGAAUCUGAUCGGAAAGCAAGUCUGAAAUCCAAUUCCGUAUCUGUUCAAGGAAUUCGUGGUUCUCGCAUUCGGAAAUUUACUAGAUUCUCUGCUCCGGCGUUGAUUUCAACUCUCACCCCCUUUUUCCAGCUCCGAGGGCUUUGUCGCACGCCCGUAAAAUCCUGAAAUCGGAGUGUAAUUUCACCCCAAAUUUCAAAUUAAUGGCUUCAUAUCGGCCGUUUCACCCUCCUCCACCUCCGCCGCCAAACCAAAACCCUCUUCCCCCACCGCCCCCUCCCCACUCACGCGGCGGCUCUCAGUACUCACAAAAUUGGGGCCCUUCAAACUACAAUCAGAACUAUUCUCAUUCAAACCCUAGCUCGAACUAUCACCUAUCAUCAGGCUACGGACCAUCCUCCUCAUCUCAACAGCAGCAGCAGUUCAAUCCUCCUGCCAGAAACCAUCUGCCGCCACCGCCACCGCCACCUCAGCAGCUGCCGUUUCAGUAUCAGCCGCCGCCGCCACCACCACCGGAGUCAGGCUCUUACCCUCCUCCUCCUCCACCUCCGCCAUCACAGCCCGGCCAAUCUUCUCAAGUAUACUACUCGUCUUCUCAAUAUUCACAGUUUAAUCAGCCGCCGCCACCUCCUCCACCCUCUUCUCCUCCUCCGCCUCUGCCGCCAGCUCAGCACUCGUCUCCUCCGCCUGCCGGACCUCCUGCCAGUGUGAGGGAGAGCAGACGGCCUAACGCCGGGCCACCUAAUAAAAAGGAUCACAAGCCUCCAUUGCCUUCGGGCAGCAAGCCAUACAGUCGGUCGGGUAGGGUCGAGACAGAAGAAGAGAGGAGACUGAGGAAAAAGAAGGAAUACGAAAAACAGAAGCAAGAGGAGAAACUCAAGCAGCAUUUGAGGGAGUCGCAGAACAAAGUACUGCAAAAGACCCAAAUGUUGGCUUCCGGGUCGAAGGGCCAUGGGUCGGUUAGCGGGUCGCACAUGGGGGACCGGAGAAGUACCCCGUUGCUGAGUGGAGAUAGAAUUGAAAACCGGCUCAAGAAGCCGACGACUUUCCUGUGCAAGAUGAAGUUCCGAAAUGAAUUGCCUGAUCCAUCUGCAAAGAUCAAGCUUUUGUCUUUAAAGAGGGACCCAGAUCGAUACUGCAAAUAUCAAAUCACGUCACUGGAGAAAAAUUGGAAGCCUCAGCUGCAUGUUGAACCAGAUAUGGGGAUACCGCUGGACCUUCUUGAUCUGAGUGUUUACAACCGCCCGAAGAAUAGAGAAAGAAUACAACUUGAUCCAGAGGAUGAGGAAUUACUACGCGACGAUGAUCCUAUCACACCAAUUAAGUCUGAUGGCAUAAAAAAGAAGGAUAGGCCAACAGACAAAGGUGUCUCUUGGCUUGUUAAAACUCAAUACAUCUCCCCUCUCAGCAUGGAUUCAACUAAGCAGUCUCUGUCUGAGAAACAAGCUAGAGAAUUGCGAGAAUCUCGUGGUCGGGACCUUUUGGAGAACCUCAACAGUCGGGAAAAGAAAAUUAAAGAUAUUGUUGCUUCAUUUGAGGCUUGCAAGUCGAAGCCUGUUCAUGCAACUAACCCUCGACUACAACCGAAAAGGGUUCUUCCUCUCCUUCCUGAUUUUAACCGGUAUGAUGACCAGUUUGUAGUUGUGAAUUUCGAUAAUGCCCCAACUGCUGAUUCAGACAUCUACAAGAAACUAAGUGCAGCAGAUCGGAUUGAGUGUGAAAGCAAAGCGAUAAUGAAAAGUUAUGUGUCCUCAAGUUCUCAUGUAGAGAAUACUGAUAAGUUUUUAGCUUACAUUGUGCCAGCUGCCGACGAGCUAGAGAAGGAUAUGUAUGAUGAGAAUGAAGAUAUCUCAUGUUCAUGGGUCCGCGAGUAUCACUUUGAUGUGCGUGGUGAUGAUGUUGAUGAUCCUACAACAUACCUUGUCACUUUUGGUGAAUCAGAAGCAAAAUAUUUGCCGCUCCCGACAAAGUUCAUGUUAAGGAAAAAGAGGGCAAGAGAAGGGAAAUUGAGCGAGGAGGCAGAACAGUUUCCCAUUCCUAAAAGCGUGACUCUAAGAACGCGGUCCACUGUGGCUGUCCAUGAACUGAGAGAUGAUGAUGUGGAUUUCGAAGCUCCUUUCCGUAUUCUGCCUUCUCGGUUUUCAGGCGUUUUCUACGACGACAUUCUCGAAGACAUGACGGAGAGACGUGCCUUCGCCGUAUAUUGUUUCUUGACGGAGGUCAUGGUGUCCGACGGGGGACGCGGUGGCGAGAAUGCGGUUGCAUCCCGUGGAGAGGUCAUGCCACAAAUCAGCACCACCCUUGCCAGCGUGAAGCUUGGGCCGAAGGUUGACAAUGACCGUUUUUGUAAGCCCGUCGUUCUUACUUGA